AUGGCGGUCAUCUGGCCUUCCCUGCUCUUCCUCACACUAGUUUCUGCAAAAUACACCGUUCGUUUUUCACGAAUCAUUUUGGUCAACUUCUUGAUGAAUUUCGCUAUAUUUAUCGAUAAGAUUCGGAGAAAAGAAGACUGCGGCAUUUUUUUUUCUUUUUUUUACCAAUCAAGGGAUGGUUGAGUAUAGGUGUUGUAAUGUCUUCUCGGAGACAAUCCAGCGGUUCCAUUGGGAAAAAUUCAAACAUCAACUGUCAUUAAAAUCACCUAAACCGACAUUUCGUUGUGAUAUUAGCCAGUUUUUACCAACAUGACAUCUGAUUUUUAAUUGCUCAGUAUCAAAGUUUUGAUACUAAACUGUGGAAUGUUAUUCUUGAGUCUAAACAAAGGUUUCACUUCGCUGAAAAAAAAGGAUUUCGAGGCUCCGGGUAGAUUAACAACAAAAAUUAAAAUUUAUAAAAGGUUCUAAAAACAUUGAAUUUCCCCGCUCAUUUGAUAUGCAAAAAAACUCAACAUAACGGGAAAAAUUUGACGGAAAAAUUUGAGAAUCUGCUCAUUCCAUGAAAAAUAAAAAAAUGUUUUUUUCCAGUAAGUUUUUCAGCUCAUUUGUGAAUGAAGUAAAUUUUGACAAAAAAAUUACAAGUCUGAAAGCUAUUUUAAUUUUAAAAAAAAAACGGCGAUAAUCUGAUUUUCGAAGUUUGGAUAUUUUGAAAUUUCUCGAUUUCAAAGCGCUUCACUAAACUUUUGCUGAGCUUUCUAGAAAUUUCAAUAAGUGAGCUGGUUCACAUGAACCAAAAAGUGUUUUCCACCUUUUAAACACGCCAAGAAUCAGGAAUCCGAGCAAUCGACGGAUUCAACUCCUUCCCAAUGACGGUUGAAAGAUUGUGAGCUGGCUGUAUUGAAAUAAGAGAUCUCCAAAUUUUUUUAUUUUUUUGGUUUUUUUAUCUCUCAGAGAAUUCAUUAAAUUUUAGUAGGAAUCGUCUGAUGGAACGAAAAAAAAAAUUCAGCUUACAAAAUCAUUAUUUUUUUGAAAGUCUUCAAAAAUUUUUUUCAGGCGGACUGGGACUCUUUGGACGCUCGGCCCAUACCGCAAUGGUACGACGAAGCCAAGUUCGGAAUCUUCUGUCAUUGGGGAGUGUACUCGGUCCCAGCGUACAGGUUUCUGCCAUUUUCUACGUCUGCUCACCAAUUUGUCUUCCUCGAGAGAAAAAAUCUGGAGACGAAGGCCAAGGGCACUAAAGGCAGUGUUUGUGUUUUCGCAAUCUGGAAAGAGAAACCUUUUGAAAAAAAGAUAAGAGUUUCUCGUAUCAGUCCUUGAUUUUUCCAGAGAGUUCUUGAGAAAAAUGUUUUGCUUGAUUGACCAGUUAAACAAUGUUAAUUUGAAAUCAUGUAAUUUUCCAAAUAAGUUAUCACAAAAAAAAUAAAAAGAAUAUUUUGUUUGAAAAGUUCAAUUUUUUUCAUGUGCAACACCGGCUGGAAAACGUUUAGAAAGAAGAAAAAAAUAUUUGAAGGUCUGAAUGGUUUUGGUGGUACUGGAAAGGAACUCAACCCGAUGUGAAUGUUGUUUCCUACAUGGAGAAGAACUACAAGCCAGGAACGACCUACGCUGACUUCGCUAAAGACGUUAUACUUUUCUUAAGUUUUCAACCCUCCAAUAGUUUUGUUUCAGUUUACCGCGGAGCUCUUCGAUCCGAAAGAAUUUGUAGAUACUGUACAGGCUUCUGGAGCAAAGUUGGAACUCAAUAAAUGCUUAUUAUCAACUCAAAACUUCAGAUAUUUUGUCUUAACUAGUAAACAUCACGAAGGUUUCACGAUGUGGCCAUCAAGAACUUCCUGGAACUGGAACUCCCUGGAUAUCGGUCCGAAACGCGAUAUCGUUGGUGAGGUUUCGUCCGAGGAUUUAUUCUGAUCUCGUUUCAAGGCGACCUGAAAGACGCGUUUAAGACCACCAACGUUCGCUACGGGCUUUAUUUCUCGCAAUUCGAGUGGUUCAAUCCGCUUUUUAUUGAAGACGGCCACCACAAUACGAGCUUGUAUUCCAAGGUUCGACAAUUAGUCAGCGACAGAUCCGUGAAAACACGUAUUCAGUUGAUUUCAUACCCUCAAAUGCUUGAAAUCGUUUCAAAGUAUCGACCCGAAAUCGUUUGGAGUGACGGUGAAUGGGACAAAACAGACGAAUAUUGGAGAAGCAGAGAGUUUCUCGCAUGGCUUUACAACUCCAGGUCAGAUUUUCUAGAGACCUUAUGAAUUUUAUGAUUCAAGACAAAGCAUUUUUCAGCCCAGUGAAAGAAUCGGUUGUGGUAAAUGAUCGCUGGGGAGCUGGAACUAUUGGAAAACACGGCGGAUUCUUUACCUAUUCCGAUCAUUAUGACCCAGGUAAAAAGCUAUUCCCUGAAUAGGCUCAUUGGAACUUCCUCUGCAGGAAAGCUUCUUGCCAGAAAAUGGGAAAACUGCAUGACUCUAGAUAAAAACUCCUGGGGAAACAGAAGAACCAUGAAGGUUUCCUGGAGCCAAUUUUUCAUAUUUUUCUUCUUUUUCACAGUCCGAGGAUGUACAUACAGUCUACGAACUGAUCUCUCAAAUCGCUCGGACAGUUUCUUGCAAUGGAAAUGUUCUUCUGAACAUUGGUCCCGACAUGCACGGAAGAAUUCCUCCAAUUUUCGAAGACCGACUUCGCGAAAUGGGAAAGUAAGGUCGUGUGAAAGUGACUCACUUAAUUUUGUUUUUCAAGAUUCCUAGACGUGCACUCGGAGGCGUUGUACGCGACGAAACCUUGGAUUUAUCAAAAUGAUACAGUUACAGCAGACGUUUGGUUAGUUGAUGUGAAAAAAUGAACUGAGGCUAAUGUUGACUUUCGAAAUUCCUCUCAUAGAAAAGGCGAUCACAGUACAAGUUUAAAAAUCAGAGAAAAGUUCUCUUGCUGACUCCUAAAUAAAUCAAAUUUUCAUUUUAACUUCAAAAAAAUUGAUCUGCUGAACAAAAACUUCUUAAUUCCAUUUUUGAAUCAAUAUGUAUUUAUAAGGGCUGUGUUUAAACAACGAAAUACAGUUUUGAAUAGGAUCAAUAAAGCUUCAUCGUAGCUCCACUUAACCCAUGAAAAAGGCAAGAUCUUCAAAAAAUCAUAUACAGUUAAAAAGACUAAAAAGCAGUUAUCAAAUUAAGUUCAAAUUAUUUAUUCCAUUUUUUUAAGCAUUGCCAAAAGUCUCAACCAAACUCAAAAACAUUUUUAGUUUACGAAAUUUUGAUCAAAAAAAUAAUAAUAUUCUGACCUUGGCUCCUAAAGCAUUGGGUGAGAAUUUUUUGUUCGAUUCCCCUUUUCCAGGUACACUUCAAAAAUACCGUGACCGUAAACACCAUCAAGGCCUCUACAACGCCCAAUUGCAGAAACAAACCAUAAUUUACGCCUGGGUGUUGAACACGAAUUUCGAUGUGUUGGAGCUAGACUGCGUGAAAUUGACCAAACAGGUAGGUGAUUACCAGCGGCGCACGCAUAAAACCGCGCCAGUGCUGUUUUUACGAUCUAAUUAUUGCAAUUACGAGCCACCUGCUGUGAGUUUUUUUUUUCCUGAGCCUAUCCGGAGUACUGAGUUACAUCGGUUUUUUAGAUUUCAGCGAAAAAAAAGAUUUGAUGGAAAAAAAGAAUGAAAACUUUGGGUAAUUAUCACCAUCGAACUUCUCGGAUUUUUAAACUGUCCGAUUUAUUUUUUGAGGGUUUUACCUCUUCAGAAAGUAUACUCAAACGUUGUCUGAUCUUCUUUUUUUCCGUUUUUUCCUCUCAGUCCAUGAGAAAUUGAUACAAAACACUCCGUAACUGGAUACUUCCUAAGCUACUGAAAAAAUUUUUAGACGAUUCUGAAGUAAAAAAUCCCAAAACCAUGUGAAACAAAAAAAUGUAAAUAAAGUCAAAAAUCAAAUGCUACCCUUCAGACAAAAGUGACAUUUAUGUCUACCGAUCGCUCCAUCAUUCCUGGACAACCUGGAUCUGCGCUGAGAAUAAGCCACGGAGACGUUCCUUGGAGGGACCUCUUACGCAGAGACGUCUUCAUACUCAAAAUCGAGUACGCUGCUGGAGAAACGGUAAAAAUUUGGUCAAUUCACUUCUCAUUUAACGAAAUAUCUUUUGCUCCAUCAAAUUAUACUUUCCCAAAAAAAAAAAGUAUUUCAGAGGGAUCCGCUGAACCCCUGA